CUAAUGCGGCGGCAAUUGAUGUUAGUGGCCGCGGUGUACGAACAACAAUGGAUCCCCAGGAACAAGCUGUCAGUGAUAGCCCUCUACUCCCUCUAGUACCGCAGGCCACUCCAUUACUCUUCCCCCCACCACCUUCAGAGUCAUCCAUGAUGACUGGCAUGACUAGUCAACCUGUUGUCUUACAGAACCAAGCUGCCCUCAUCACCCCCACACAGGUACCGCCCACCACAUACUUCACACACACAUCCUCACAGUCGGAGUUGCCCACUCAUGAUGUCCUACAGAGCCAAGCUGCCCUCAUGACCUCCACACAGGUACCGCCCACCACACACCCCUCACACACACCCUCACAGUCUGGACUAUCCACUCAUGCUGAUGGUAGUGUGUUCAUCUCUGUGCCAGUGGCAGCACUACCCUCUACCCUCCCUUCUCCCAUUCCAAUCACUACUAAACUGGACACAUUCUGGACUGACCAGUUAUCCUGUGUACAGCAUGUGUCUGACGAUCACUGGAAGACACCAGAGUUUCCUCUGGCCAGAAUCAAGAAGAUAAUGAGAAUGGAUGAGGACGUUAGAAUGAUUAGCGCUGAAGUGCCUGUGAUGUUCUCUAAAGCAGUGGACGUGUUCAUUUCAGAGCUCUCUAUAAGAGCGUGGCAUAUCACAGAAGAAUCUAAGAGAAGAACCAUUCAAUGCAGUGACAUUGCCAUGGCCAUCACCAACAAUGACAUGUAUGAUUUCCUGAUUGACAUUGUCCCAAGGGAAGAGAUUCAAAUGAAACAAUCCAAACCCCAGAGUGGGGAGAGUCUUCAGCUGCUGCCACCAGAUCUAUUGCAGUUGUACAUACAACACUUUGCUGCUACUGCCAGUGGAGAAGAGGACACCAGUGUACUGCAAAAUCAACUUCAGAUUCUCCAGCAACUCUUGCAAAUCCAACAACUUCAAGAACAACAAGAACAGGUACCAACACAUCCAACUACCCUCACACACACACACGCCCACACACACACCACACAGGGCCAGCCGCCCUCUCCACCAACUGCAAUGAGUGGUAUCACUUCAACAGGAUCUAUUCUAGACACACAAGUUCUGCAAACCUCAGACACUCGAGAAAUAACACACGAAGUUCUAGAGCAGUUGCGACAACAUGUGGCCUCAGGAAACUAUGACUCAGGUCUACUGGAGGGAGCCUAUCAGUCCCCAAUGGAUCAUACAGAAGGAGAGGCUGCAGUGCUGGGCCCGGAGUAUCAGUCCCCAAUGGAUCAUACAGAAGGAGAGGCUGGAGUGCUGGGCCCAGAGUUUGUUGAACCAGCUAUGGAUAUCGACUCUCUAACACACCAAGUGCUGCACUCUGUCCACCCAAUGUCCAUGGCCAGUGAUACACCAAUCGUUCAUGUGCCAGCAGAGUUUGGGUUAGAAGAGCCUACCCACCCUCCUGCAAUGGUAGCCUUCAGCUCUACCCCUCUCAGACUCACUCAUAUUCACGGUGGAAGCUCUCUUGUUCAACUAACUAACCCUAACUCUAAUCAAUAGAACACUAGAUCUCUAUUUAUUAAUUAGGUUUGUACGUCUGUCAAGAUAAAUUUUGUAAAACA